AUGCUUCAAUCUACAUUCAUUCUCGGCCUCCUCGCCGCUACGGCCACGGUGGCCAGUCCAAUGCCCAACCCGGAUGGGGAUUUCUCCCUUCAGACGCGAGCCGGCCAGGUAUACAUUUGUAAAGCCGGUGCCAACAACAACGGUGGGCUUUACGGGGAAAUUGGACAGGACAAGGCUAUUGGUUUCUUCCGCGAUGCCAAGACCAAUACUGGCGGCAGUGGAUACCCCAAACCAUUUGAUAAUAAGGGCAACGUGAUGAAGUUUGCAAGUGGCUGUGGUAAGGAUAUUUGGGAGCUUCCCGUGCUUGCGAACGGGAAGCCAUAUGAUUACAAGUCGAAGAAGGGUGCCAACAACGGACCCGGGCCAAUGCGGGUGUACUACACCAAGGACCUCAAGUUUUGUGCCAUUGGCGGCAAGCUUAAUUCCGACGGCACUGGAAACCCUCACAACUGUGUUCUUAAGAAAUAG